AUGAAGACCUUUGCACUGAUACUACUUGCAAUCGCAAUACAGAAUGCAUCAAGUUUUGCUCCAAUCUCCUCAGCAACUCGCAUCAUGACAGCAUCAUGCCACGUGACACCAUCCUUGCAAGCCAGCAACUAUUAUGACGAUGACGAUGAGGGUGAUCUCGCCAAGGUGCCGAGACGACGAGAAAGGGGACGAAUGUUUGAUAGCGAAGAAGAAGAGAAUGAAUUCUACGACCGAGUGGAAGAACGGGUGUAUGCCAAUGUAGACGAUGACGAGGAAGAAUACGAUGAUGACGAUGAAGACGACGACUUGGAUGACGAAGAAUGGGAAAAUUAUGAUACUUUUUCCAAUGUCGUUAUUGACAAUCCAAUAUUGGAUGCCAUCGAUCCCGAUGGUGCCUUUGCUAGAUUUCCAGAACUCGCUCGAGACCCUCGCUUUUGGAUUGAUAUGAUUCUGUUCAUUUGCUUUUUGAACUUUUUGAGUGACAUUGGUCCUCGAAACACGUUACCAGACACUUCAUGGUAUCCUGAUGGAGUCAAUAUCAAUAUUGUUGGGGUCAAUACCCUAAAUCCAAUGUAA